UCCCCCUCCCCCUCUUUCUUCUCCUCCCUCGCCGCCGCCGCCGCCGCCGCCGCCUCCUCAGCCUUCGCCUCCGCUGCCGCCGCCCGCUCCCGCCCGCGCGCGGCGGGAUGGACGAUCAAUCCAGGAUGCUGCAGACUCUGGCCGGGGUGAACCUGGCCGGCCACUCGGUCCAGGGGGGUAUGGCUCUGCCACCUCCCCCUCACGGCCACGAAGGGGCGGACGGCGACGGCAGGAAGCAGGACAUCGGCGACAUCCUCCACCAGAUCAUGACCAUCACCGACCAGAGCUUGGACGAGGCGCAAGCAAAGAAACAUGCUCUGAACUGUCACAGAAUGAAACCGGCGCUCUUCAGCGUCUUGUGUGAGAUCAAAGAGAAAACAGGUCUCAGCAUCAGAGGAGCCCAGGAGGAAGACCCUCCCGACCCCCAGCUAAUGAGACUGGACAAUAUGCUUUUGGCAGAAGGGGUUUCAGGUCCUGAGAAAGGUGGGGGAUCGGCGGCAGCAGCUGCAGCCGCGGCAGCCUCUGGAGGUUCUUCAGAUAACUCUAUUGAACACUCAGAUUACAGAGCCAAAUUGACCCAGAUCAGACAAAUCUAUCACACAGAACUGGAGAAAUAUGAACAGGCAUGUAAUGAAUUCACAACACAUGUGAUGAACCUUCUCCGAGAACAGAGUAGAACGCGUCCCAUUUCCCCGAAAGAGAUUGAAAGGAUGGUGGGCAUCAUCCAUCGGAAAUUUAGUUCCAUUCAGAUGCAGCUCAAGCAAAGCACGUGUGAAGCAGUUAUGAUUUUAAGAUCAAGAUUCCUUGAUGCCAGACGGAAAAGGCGUAACUUCAGUAAACAGGCUACGGAAAUCUUGAAUGAAUAUUUUUACUCACACCUCAGCAACCCCUACCCCAGUGAAGAAGCCAAAGAGGAGCUGGCCAAGAAAUGCAGCAUCACAGUAUCACAGGUAUCCAACUGGUUUGGCAACAAACGAAUCAGGUACAAGAAGAACAUUGGCAAAUUUCAAGAGGAGGCCAAUCUCUAUGCUGCAAAAACAGCCGUGACAGCCGCACAUGCAGUGGCCGCAGCUGUGCAGAACAACCAGACCAACUCACCCACCACGCCAAACUCUGGUUCUUCUGGUUCUUUUAACCUCCCAAAUUCUGGGGACAUGUUCAUGAACAUGCAGAGUCUGAAUGGGGAUUCUUACCAAGGGUCCCAAGUCGGAGCCAAUGUGCAGUCACAGGUGGAUACCCUCCGUCAUGUUAUCAAUCAGACGGGAGGCUACAGUGAUGGCCUUGGAGCAAACUCACUGUACAGUCCACAUAACUUAAACGCUAAUGGAGGCUGGCAGGAUGCAACAACUCCAUCUUCUGUGACUUCUCCUACGGAAGGCCCGGGCAGUGUGCACUCGGAUACCUCUAACUAAUCCCCGGCGCUUUCCCAGCUGACAUGCCUUGAUAAGCGCAUUCGGAGCAAUAGGAGGAGAAG